AUGGCCCAUCCUAACCAUAACCAUAACUCCAAGAACCACUCCCAGAGAAGGGCCCCGGCCAUAGAAGUCGCCGGUGUGCUUGGUGGAGGUGCUGCCAAGUUGAAAAAGAAAAUAAGAGACAUUGGAAGAUUGUUGAAGAAAGAUACCUUACCAGCUCAUGUCAGAGUGGACAAUGAACGUGCUCUCAAGGCUUUACAAGUUGAGCUUCAAAACACCGAGAGAGACCUCAAGGCAAAGAAUACCGCGAAGAAGUACCAUAUGGUGCGGUUUUUCGAAAGAAAGAAGGCCAUCCGUAAACUUAAACAAGCCAUGAAGGCCUACGAUGAAGUGGCCAAGACUGAGGUCAGAAAGGAUAUCAAAAAGGCCAGAAAAGUCGUGAGGCACUCCGAGGUCGACGUGGCAUACGUGGUGUUGUUCCCCAAGGAGGAAAAAUACAUCUCGUUGUACCCCAAUGCCAAGGAAAACGAAGACAAGUCAACUUUGAACAAUGCUAAGGCCAAGCGUGGGACUCAAUUGACCGAACAAAGAAGAAGAGAGUUCCGGAAAGAAGUUGAGACUCUCAUUGAUGAAGACAAGCUCCCAUUCACAUUUGCCGACGUGUUGCUGGGCAAAGCCAUCAGAGUCGAACAAACCAGACAUAGAAGCAAUGGUGGUGGGGAAAUCGAUGCACCUGAACAAGAAGACGCAGACAACGGCGAAGAUGAUUUCUUUGAGUAG